GCAGUCGCUUUAGGAAUUCAGUCCAAAUGUUUUCCAUAUUAGUUCAGAGCCUUCUCUGUUUCCAAAUAGCAGACGAGCUGUGCUUAUGGUGAGAGGAGUCCUUGGCAGGGAGGGGAAGGGAAGUUGAGAGAGACAGACGGCAGGCAGGCUUAUCCACCCCAAACACUGAAACAGUAAAAGUCGAGCAUACAAAACGAGAAAAGAGGAGAAAUGGGGCAGGGGCAGAAAGGUUCCUUAGACAAGGAGGAAAAGAAGAAGAAGAAGAAGAAGACAGAUGAAAGUCCAGCGCCAGAGGACGGCCAUAAGUGCAGAGUCUGUCGCUUCCCUCUGCUCAUCGCCCUGCUCCAGCUGCUGUUGGGGGUGGCCGUCACAGUCAUGGCCUUCCUUAUGUUGGCCAUCAGCCCCUCACUCACGGCCCGGGAGACUCCACACUGGGCUGGAAUCAUUCUUUGUUUAGUUGCUAUCGUGGGCUUUAUCCUGUACUGUAUCAAUUACCACCCCGAUGAGAGAUCAUCUACGCAGUUCAUUGCCAAGCUUCUGUACUUUGUCCUGUGUACAAUCGGCCUGGUCAUUUCAGUGCUGGUUAUUGCGUUCUCUGGACACCACUACUCACAGACCAGCAGCUUCGGCUGUCAGCAGGCGGUCGAGGACUGCGUGUGCAAACUGGAUCAAGUUGACCCAAUAGCUCGCACCUUCACCUAUGAGGGAGUCAGUGACUGUGAGGAGAUCACCGGAACCCUCACCCUCUACUUCCUGCUGCAGAUGGUUCUCAACCUGCUCCAAGCUGUCUUGUGUGCCGUCGGUGCCUUCAUCAUGUGGAAGCACCGCUACCAGGUGUUUUUCGCCGGCCUUCAGAUUUGCUCCCCCUCUUCCCAGUGGCAGAAAGUUUAACACAGCAAUGACAAAAUUCAGGGAUGACUCCGUUCAGGGCAUAGGGGAAUACCAUCAGCAUGAGUGACGGAGACAUUUGCCUUUUUGGUUUGUGCCUAAGCGUGUUUUCAUUGAUGUCAAUUAUAUUCACCUUUUGUGAUAGUUUUUCUAUAAUAGCUUUUUGCACACAUUUUGUAUACCAUAUAAGUAACACUAUUUUUCCAGUUGCCAAUGUUAUAAUGUAGAUGAGGAGAAACAAUACAAGUGGUCUGCUUUGAGAAGAAAGAAAAUAUGUGUCCUCUUUGUGACUUAUUCAUGAUUCUAAUUAUCUGGAUAUGUACUGCUCAUAUGCAAUAUGUUGACAGAUUAUUGUCACAACACUGAAACCGCUUUAGUUAAUUUGUUAUGCACUUGACUCCAAAAAAGAACACGUAUUCUUUCGGGUUUGAAUGAUUAAGAAACAGGCUUAUAAUUAGUUGCUAUAUUGACGCUUUAGGUCUCGCACUAAAUUACUUUGUUGUCAAAUUAUGGUUUGCAAAAUAUAAAUCACAUGGCAGUGUUUUACACAUUUCACAUGUCAAAUUGAGCUUUUACUGCAUUAUCAAACAUUAGUAAGACAUUAUCUAAAUAAAAAGUAUAUUAUUGCUUUAAAAUUAAAACAUGUUGUAUAUAUUGCUUGCUGUUAAUACUGAUAAUCCUUUGUGAAAAGAAAAGGCAAAAGUACUUAAAGCUGAUAGAAGAACCCCUGUGAUACAAACAGUCCAAUAAAAUGCAGCUCCUGACAGCAGUAACACAAGCUGGGCAGUGUGCACUUCAUGAGGCUGGAUCCUGACUUGAACUGGGCUGUGGCUGUGAAGGUGGAAGCCAGGCCAGCAGCCAGCAUGACUCAAACAGCCUGUAGGAGUCAAACUACAGCAGCCACAAAGGGAGGGGGAGAAGGGGCCGGGGUGAGGGAAGGGGGACUCAGACAGGCAGCUGGACGGAGGAAACUAAAUCAUCUUGCUGUGUUUACGUUUCAGGUUUUUCAUUUUAAAGAACAGAAGGAGUGAAACAGCGACAAGAUUUUAGCUUUUAGAAUUUUAUUUCCCCUUUGCAGACGGCUUUACUUUAUUCUCACUCAUCUCAGUUGGCGACUGAGGCUUGGUGCCUAUACAUGCUUAGGUUUCAAGGUUUCAAGGUUUUAUUGGCCAUAUGCACAGCAUGUACAACGUAUAUGUUGGCAAUGAAAAUCUUAUGUCCCAUGCUCCUCCAACAACUCAACAUACAUGGUGCAAAUAAGAUAAAUAAAAUAGCAGGGUUUCGGCAGAAAAUAAGAUGAAUUAAGUGCUCGGAAGCAGAGUGUAUUUACUGUGCAAUGUUACAUUGGUUUUGUCAAAGAUGAAAAAAGGUUGAUUUAAUGAGUAUGAUGUAAAAAUAUUGUUUAUUUUUUACAGAAUGUGGUUUAAACAAAGAAGCCAAUAAGCAAAUAUCAUCUUUCAACAAUGUCAUACUUUUUUUGUGAUGAAUACAAAUCUUUGUUUCAGUUAAAUAUGAUUUAUUUUGUCUUUUUCUGUCACCGCACAUACACAGAAAGAGCCAAUUCAGGUAACUUCACUCAUUUAUUGAAUAAAAAGAUUUGUUUUUGUUGUUAAUUGUAUUAAUACUUGUAAAGACAAAAAAACUGAACAAGAACUAGAAAGCGUCUCCCACUGUGCUUCCUUAUGUUAACAUAAGGCCGGCAUGUCCUUUAAACUGAUAGGAAAAUAUUGUUAGAAACAAGAAUUCACAUAAAUGAAGUUGUGAAAAAUGUAUGAAAUAAAAAUAAUUCUCUCUA